GGCACAAAACACAGAACCGAGCACAGAGUAGCCGUCGACAAAAUAAACAUUUUCCAAACACCCAGACACAAAAAUCAAUUCAUCAAUUCAGCGUGUUCAGCCAUUCUCCGCUCUAAAAAGUUUUAAAAAAUUCAUCAAAUUUCAAUAACUUUGACAAGCUGAAAAAAAAAUAUUUCCUACUCUAAACAGUUUCCUUUUACCCUGUAUUAUCUAGAAUGAGUACCACGAAGAAACGCAAGAUCUCACCGCGUACUGCAAACGUGUCUCCCAAGCGGACACGCGCCUAUUCGCGCAAUAUUCGUCGCAACCAGAGCCUGGGCCAGAAGAACAGCAACAUCGAAGACCCUUCACAGAGUCAGGCGCUUAAUUCAGAGUCUAUUGAUUUGAUAGUCGGCAGCAACAACGACCCAGUGCCAGGUUCAGAAGAACCUCUGGGCAAAGGGAUUUCAUCGACAGCCUCUUGUCAACAGCUACCCGUUCAAGAUGCAUCAGUAGAGACGUUCAGCUCUACUGUUAGCCAAUAUCCCGAACUAAAUUCCAGCCCCCAAAUACCCAACUUCGUUAUAUUACAUUGUCAAAAAGACAUUGUUCUUUAUCAACCUGUGGCCCGUGCUUCUACCGAAAACGGUCCGUUCGAUCCGUCAAUGUUUACUCAGCCCACAUUGGGGGCGCUCGCUAAAGAAUUUUGGGAGACGCUCAAAAAUAAUAUUCAAACAUACAUACAUAAAAAAUAAUUAAUUUAAUAGAAA